CACUCGAGUUAAAACACACGUCACAGCUUUUGCUCGUUCUUCUUCCACGUCGUGUCUGUGCUCUGUAGUGUGUCUCACCGAGUCCUUCCUUGGCAAAUAAUCAUGACUGAGCUGCAGGAACGAACCUUCAUCGCCAUCAAGCCUGACGGCGUGCAGCGAGGCAUCAUCGGAGAGAUCAUCAAACGGUUUGAGACGAAGGGCUUCAAGCUCGUGGCCAUGAAGAUGCUCCAUGCCUCUGAGGAGCUCCUGAUGAAGCACUACAUUGACCUGAAGGACAAACCUUUCUUCCCUACUCUGGUCAACUACAUGAGCUCAGGUCCACUGGUUGCCAUGGUGUGGGAAGGUAAGGGCGUUGUGAAAACAGGCAGAGUGAUGCUGGGUGAGACCAAUCCUGCAGACUCUAAACCUGGAACCAUCAGAGGAGACUUCUGCAUCGAUGUUGGCAAGAACAUCAUCCAUGGCAGCGACUCUGUGGAAAGUGCCAACAAGGAGAUUUCCCUGUGGUUCCAACCCGGGGAGCUGGUCACCUACACCAGCUGUGCCUUCAGCUGGCUCUACUGAGCUGCUCUGCAGAAUCCUCCCUUUACUCAAACCCUCACCUCUGCGACUUGGGUUUCCUGUAGACACACCCCACAUUCCCUCAUCUUCAUUCUCUGGCCUCUGAAGGGGGUCCACAUCCAUUCCUGUUCAAACAUUCCAUACUGUCCUGAAAUGUCCACAGCCGACGACGUGAAACUGACAUUUUUGAUAAUCUGCUCCAAUAAAUGGUCCACAGAACCUGUAA